UGAGACUGUAUUUUAAUCUUACAAAUGUCAAAGAAAAAAACAUAUAUAAAAUAGGAAAAUCUCGAAGGGUGCUUAUAAUUUACACUUUCAAUCAAGAAUUCACUUUGUUUCAGUAAUGGCCCACACUUGAGCACAGACUGUGCCUUUAAGAGAUAUGUAUAGUGCACCAAGGGUCAUGGUUAGAAGGGAUCCAACUGUUGUCAAAUUAACUUCAGAAGUUGAAAUGUUUAGCAUUUUAGCUAAUAUUGAAUUCUCCUAAACUGCUGCAUAAAUUCUAACCUGCUACGAAAAUGUUUAUCUGACGUUCAUUUGACUAAAUCUGGAUCCCUUCUAGGCGGGAGAAGUGCGUGAUAUCUCUCCCAAGUGAAAGCGAAAGUCUCCAGCUCCCCAUUUCGUGUAAGUGACUGUUACAAAUAAUUAACGUGUCCUGACCUGGGUGAGACGACACUCUACUGUCGACUGCAAAAAGUAGAAGAAUUAAGGCGGGAGAAGUGCGUGAUAUCUCUCCCAAGUGAAAGCGAAAGUCUCCAGCUCCCCAUUUCGUGUAAGUGACUGUUACAAAUAAUUAACGUGUCCUGACCUGGGUGAGACGACACUCUACUGUCGACUGCAAAAAGUAGAAGAAUUAAGGGAAACAGCCAGACCUGUUGGUAUCGUCAGCUUUCCAGACACUGGGUGAGAGACCACGCUCUAAUGUCGACUGCAAAAGUUGAAGAAUUAAGGAGACUGGAGUUAAAGAAACAGUGAUCAAAUACCACCACACCAUGGAAAACGCCAUGUACGAUUAUCCUCUGUAUUUUGACGACGACCAUUACGUCCUUGAAUCAGAGGAUAUUACAGUGUCAGUGCUUCUUCUGCUUGGUAUUUGCCUCCCUGGCCUUGGUUGGAUUAUCACCCUGUCUCUCUGCCAUAAACGCUGGGAAAGAAAACAUGUCACGUUUAGUCUCGUGACCCUCCUUAUCACUCACACACUGCAGCUGAUCAUUUCCCCGUUUAUUGUGGAAACUGUGCUAACCGGGGUUCCCUGUUGGCAUGCUAGUUGGUGGUGUACUACAGUAUACAUAAUGUUCUCAGUGUCAAGAUUCUGCGGCCUGGUUUUACACCUGUGUGUUGCUCUGGAGAAGAUCUUGUCUCUGCGUCAUCGAGCGAUUAAAGGAUUGUUUUGGGUGCGUUUGGUGUGCUUGUUAUACAUUUUAUUUGCAGUUCUUGUGCAUUUGUUUGAUGUUGAUUACUUAUUCUUCAAUAUUAUGAAUAUUUUCUUUGGAUUGAAUGCUUUGGGCACAGCUGCUGCAGCAUGUGUUGUAGCCCUCAAACCCUUGCCAACACGGGACCUCACAGCUAAAUGUCAGUGUUUGAAGGUAUUAACAGUGGCCAUGUUUACUUUUAUGAUACUCUAUGUCCUUGAGUUCCUCUGCCAGAUAAUACAAACCAUCAGACCUGCUGGGAUAGAGAGGUUUAGUUAUGUUGUCCAUUACCUGCCAUGUCUAAGACCCAUCACUGACUGUGUUCUGUUUUGGUUUGUCUGCAUGGACAGGAAGCGAGAGCAGCAAACAACAGGCGUAGAACUCAAUUCACCUAUCCUCAAUUGCUUUCAUUCUGUCACCUCGCCUUCUCAAACUGCAUUGGAGGAGGACCAUGGGGAGGGACCUCCAAUAAUGGAGGAUGAGAUGUGAUGUGAGGAAUCAAGGAAAGAUACAUUGUAAAAAAUCCCAGUACUGAAGGCUAUUUGAGGGCUAAUACUCAUAUGAAGGGGCGGCAGGUAGCCUAGUGGUUAGAGCGUUGGACUAGUAACCGGAAGGUUGCAAGUUCAAAACCCCCGAGCUGAUAAGGUACAAAUAUGUCGUUCUGCCCCUGAACAGGCAGUUAACCCACUGUUCCUAGGCCGUCAUUGAAAAUAAGAAUUUGUUCUUAACUGAUUUGCCUAGUUAAAUAAAGGUAAAAAUAAUUUAAAAAAAAAUAAAAUGAAGGAGUAGAGGCUGGUGGAAUGGAGCUAUAGGAGGACUGACUCAUUGUAAUGGCUGGAAUGGAAUAAAUGGAACUGAGGUUCCAUUUGGCUAACAUGUGGUUUCCAUAUGUGUGAUGUGUUUGAUACCGUUCUAUUAAUUCCCUUCCAGCCAUUACAAUGAGCCUGUCCUCCUAUAGCUCCUCCCACAAGCCUCUACUAGAGGGAUAAGGGGGAUGAAUGCACUGACUCUAAGUCACUCUGGAUAAGAGUGUCUGCUAAAUGACCAACAUGUAAAUAUAUGUAGAGUCUAGUUGCAACUAAAUAACAGAUGUACUUGUUUGUAAUCCUCCUUGGUAGGCCAAUGACUAGUUGCUUUGUAUCAUAAACAGUUAUCCUAUUCAUAUUUUGGGAAACUGUGAUGUUGUUCGUCCUUUCUUUAUUAUUCAUUUUUAUAUUAUAAUCACAUUCUAAUGUUCAACAUUACCAUAACCUCCCACAACAAUGACCAGAGUUCAUUCACUUAUUGUUUAUCAGUUACAUCUUUUAUUAAAUGAUUUGGAACAUUUUUAAUCAGUACAACAUUUCCAGUCAUAAUUAUAAUAAACAAUGAUGUAAUUAACAGGAUUUUUUGUUGUUGUUGUCUUGAUUAUAAACUUUAUAAUAUAUUUUCCUCAUGAACAUGUAAACAAUCAUUAAGUUUCCCCCACCACAUUGUGUCGUUGUUCAGGACCGAGAACAGUACCAGAGAGAGAGAGAAAGGGUUAGAUAUCCAUCCUUGUAGCAAUGGCUUCUAUGACAGCAUGGACAGCACCAUUUUGGGGAAUUGAUGGCUAUUAAUUAUAUAAAGUAAUAAACACAUGUUUAAUCAUA